AUGGCGAGUGGAACAAGAAGUCAAGUUGGAAGUCAGACAACUGAAAGCCAAAAUACAUCGAAGUAUUUCCAAAAUGACGGCGCCAAAACCGAUGGCAGUAAGGAAAAAGAGUCAACCGAGUCUGUUACUUUGACAGCCGUUAAACUCAUUUUAACUGAAUGUCUUCAAAAUCUAGAGAAAGAUGUCAGGGACAUAUCGGAGAAUUACUGUGGAAAUCACAUCACUGAUUGUACCGAGCUCGUUCAGAACAGAAACCCAUCAUCGCCGCCUUCAUUGUGUUGUUUUCAGAGUAUAUCAUCAAGCAUGUGGGCGUUUAUCUUAUAUAUCACUCUGUCUUUGUGCACAAGUCACGUCAUGUCAAAUAAACUUGGCAACCAGUGGGUGUCAAGCCUGAGUUUGCGUGAUGAAAAUGACGGAAAGACUUGUCAUGACGGAGAAGGACACGCAGGCGUUUGCAGAGACGAUAGGAUUGAUGACAAUUCCGGAUGUUAUACACAUAGCAAAAUAUGUUGGGCACACAACAACUGUAACCGUCAUCUGAUGUGUUUCAUUCCGUACAUGCCGGGGGAUUUAGAUGGUCCGUGUAGAUCUAGUGGCUUCGGUGCACACUGUGUUGCUAGAGAAGAGCAGUGUUUUGGUGUAAUACAUAAAAAUUUGUGUCCAUGUGAUUAUGGGUGUUGCCAUCCAUUCGUGGAUUUGAUCUGCCCUAACCCUAAUGUGUGCCAACUUGCAAGUGCAACAUGUCCUGGGAUUUUCUAUGAUACCGACGUAUGUGGUGUCGGCAAUGGAUGCUGCUAUAAUUCUAUAGAUGAUAGUCAAUGUACUUCAAUUCCUGUACUUGGUGGUGUCAGUGGUACUUGCCAAUACGACAAUACGUUAUGUGAUGGUUGGUAUGUCUCCAAUGAAUGUGGGGGACAUCCUAACAGAAGAUGCUGUAAGCCAAAAACACCGGACGCGGAUGCACCAUAUACGAAUUACCCAGGAGCUCAGUGUUUGGAUAUGACGAAGGAACCUUGCCCCAACGGUGAUUAUCGAUCUGGUCUGUGCGAUCCUGCUGGACCUAGGGAGAGACAAUGUUAUCCCACUACAGGAGCAAUAGAACCAAGUCCGUGCCACUUAGCCGGGGGAUGCUGUAGACCAUUACGAUGUGAAAACAAGGAAAUUGAAAUAAAUGAACAUUGUUUUCAAAAUGAAGCGACAUCCGGACUACCGACAUGCAAGUGCUGCAGACCAAUACAGAAUGGAGGAGGAAAUGGAUACGGAGAUCCUCAUUUUGAAACACUUGACCACAAAUCCUUCCAGUUUGAUGGUCACUGUUCCUAUGUCUUGUUGAGAGAAUGUAAGAAACCACUGCAUACUCCGCGUUUUACUAUCAUCAAUAAACAUGGAUUGAUGGAAAGCCUCAAAGGAAAAUUAAAGGCAUAUGUUUCUAAAAUUUCUGUUGUCAUUCAAUUAUCGUCAAAGAAUUAUUUCAAAGCUGAACUUUUAGAAUCAAAAUACGUUUCGAUAAUUGUGGCGCAGUGCACAGUGUUAACGUUUCUAAGCUCCGUAACAGCUGAAAUAUAA